UAUUGUAUUUUAAUAUUUUGUUGGAAACUCAGCCAGAUAGGCAGGGUAUAAAUUUAUUAUUAUUAUUAUUAUUGGCGAUUUGGUGGGUGAUUGUUGGCUGCCAUGGGUUGGCUGUUGCUGCCACAAUCGGGCGCUCGAUAUCCGGCUGCUGUUGGCGAGCGGGAAGACACUUCCUGUGUUCGGCGUCGCGAGCGAAUCUGAGCGUUUCCCAUUCUGGUAUCAAGAAACCGCAGGCAUAAAACACACAAGACCUAAGAUAAGAAGCACCGUAAAUGGGCAGCUUUCCAAGGGACAGGCUAGAUGGCAGCUGCAGGCCCAGGCGCCUGAUGGAGGCCCAGACCAGGCUGGGGCCUUGCCUGCCCUCCUGCCCCUGCUCCCUCGGGACCGGCAGGCCCAGAGCCGCCCCUUCGGGGAGGGGGCACCCCCAAUUGGCCCCCAGUUGAGCCCCCGGGGCAGCAAGAGGACAAGGCCCUGCCCUGAAGGGGGGCAGCUGGGGGGGGGCCAUUUUGCCGCUGGAGCCGCAACUCCCCGCCAAGGUCUCCUGCCUCGCCUGGGGACCCCCUCAUGGGGGAAUCUGGGCGGGGGUGGAGGGGCUGAGGGUGGCUGGGCCUUGUCUUGGGGGCAGAGCAGGGAGAAGCCGCUUUGUCCUCCUCCCCAUGUCUGCCCCCCCCAGUAGACACAGCGGCCGGCCCCCAGCCCUCAAGCGGUGAAGGCCACGUCAGCCCCCCUGCGCCUGGUGGCCUGCUUUGGGCCGAGAGGCUUUUCCUUCGUGUAACAGGCAGCAGCUCCCUCCUUGGGGCGUUUAUUCUCUUGUCACCAGGCUGGGCUCUGCUCUCGUUUUGGGCGAAGACACAGGCAAAACAUGCUUUAGCCUCUUCGGUGCUCCUGAGAUCCCACAUCCUGAUAUUGCUGUCUCUGGCCGGCUUGGGAGGCAGCCGCAAGCUCUGUUUCCCUUGGACCACCAUGAGUUCUGGACCGCGAGGAGGCAGCAGAGAUGGCGCUGGCAAAGGCCUGGCUGGAGCUGGGGCCGCCUCUCUCUCCUGGCAGCCCCCUCACAUCCUGGUGGUGGAGGCCCACCCCUCCCACUGGGCCCACACCUGCCACAAGCUCUGCGAUGCCCUGGAAAACGUCUUCUCUCUGGCCUGCAGUCUGGCGGGUCCACCCCGCAUCCCUCUGCUCAGCCUCUACGUGGUCCAGAGCCAGCAGGAGUGCCUUCUGCCCUUUGUGCCGGUGAGAGGGAGCUUCUCUCGGCUCCAGAGCUGCCUGGCGGAGCUGCGCGCCUUGCCCUCCGAGGGGGUCUUCCACCUCACGGAGGACGCCAUAGUCCAGGCCGUGCAGGAUGGGCUCCAACAGUUCAAGCAGUACACGGGGCAAGGCAUGGCUGGGGCCUCCCUGAGCAGCUCUUCCCUGGAGAUGACCAUCCUGACUGGCCAGUCCAGCGCCAAGGUGGCCAAGCAGCUGGAGGCUGGGCUGCAGGGCAUUGACCUGGUCAGCCUCCGCCAGCUGCAGGUGGUGGAGGUCUCCACAAGGGGGCUGCAAGAGGCGCCUGAGGCUGCGGCGGAGGACGGAGAGGGAGCCACCCCCAGCAGCAGCAGCGGCAGCCGUGGGGAGAGCGCUGUGACCCUGGGCGCAGUCCUUGACCUCCAGACUGUGGAGAAUGAUGUGGUGGCCCUGGAGACCUUCUUCAAGGGCUGGUUCCACGACCACAGCCCAGACCAGGAGCACCUCCACCUCCUCCUGCCCGCUGGAGCGCUCUGCCCCCCUGCUGCAGCCCAGAGCUGCCCAGUGUGCGUGAAAUGCGAUGCCCAGGAGAGGCUCCUCAACCCCGCUCUGCUUACUUCCGCCUGCGGAGAUGGUCCCACCGCACAACGGGAGGAUGCCAGUGGCCCCUUCUGGAUGGCAGCUGGCCCAGGCCUGGUGCCACGCAAGCUCCGCAUCCUCAGGGCCCUGGAGGCCAAAGGCCUGUGCACCUCGCUGCUCUAUGGGCUGCCUCUGGUCAUCCGGCCCACAAGCUGCUGGCGGAUGAACUGGGAUGAACUGGAGGCCAACCAGCAACUCUUCUGGGCCCUCUGCCACUGUCUGUGGAAGCGAAACUGGCUGCUGCUGGCCAAAUAUGAGACCCCACCAGUGGGCCCCCGGUCCCGGCUGGGGUCCCCACUGUCCGAGCCCCCUCCAGGUCCUCCUGCCCUCCGAAGGGGCCGCCUCGCUGCUGCUCUGCUCCCUGGUGGGCCGGGAGCUCCUCCUGCCCUGCAGCUUCCCUCUUCUGCCAGCAGAGCCUCCCCAGGCCACUCUCAGCCAAAUGGAGAACGUCCUGGACGGCCUGGACCUGGAGCCGGCCUACAGUCCCCUGAGUGGGGGGCCCCCCUGUACCAAGCCCUGAGGAGCAGCCUGGGGCGCCCACCCCCCUCCCGGCCCGAGCGCAAGGCAGAUCGGCACCUGCCCCGUCAGCAGGGCAGCCGCCCCCACCUGGGCAAGGCCAGGGCCAUGGUGGCCCCCCUGCGCAUGGCACCCGCUGCCCCCCGCCCACCCGCCUUCUCCCUGUUCUCCGGAGACGAAGAAGAGUUCCUGGACACCAUGUGACACCGCAGGGGCCACUCCCUUCGCCCCAUGGAGGCCCCGCUGAGCCAGAGCUCCCACAGAAAGAGGAGCCCAGCCCAGACAAGCACCCCACGACAAGCACCCUGUUGAGCACCUGGGGGGGUGGGCUGGAGUUGUCCCCCCCCUUCGUGUGGCAAAACUGGAGCCUCUGCAGCAAUGCCUGGAUCUGUGUCUGCUUGGGGGGACGAGCGUGGCUGGAAGCCCCCUCCCGUUUCUGGAGACCCCCUUCAAUAAACUUUUGUCUUUGUUGCACCAAA